GGCAAUGAUAAGUUCCUAUUAACUUUUUAAUUGCUUCUUUACACUCUCUCUGUGCUCUAUGUUAUGAUAGUUCAAGCAAAGUACAAUGACAACGUUGUUUAAUUAGGAAAAUUUAGCUCCGUUCCAUUUUGAUAGUGCUAUCACAUCAAACUAAAAUCCGAAACUGUUAUGUGUGUAAUGUUUGUCAUAGGGCAAUAUUUGAUAAAAUUCAUGUAUUUUCAAAUGGCGUACAGCGAACACGGAGCCCAAUUUUGAUUGCAUGGAUGAGUCAUACAAGAACAAUGAGCAUCGAUACACAGGAAAAAAUACACUCACAUUACAAUCUAUACUCGCAACCAUGUGAAAAUAAACAAUUUUUUUGCUAGAGAAAAUAUUUGAAAAUUGAUAAAAACAAUAACACAGCUCUAGGUACUAUAAACGUUCGCGGCACAUAUACGCGAAGUUUUAGUGAUUUUCUUUUUUCAACUUUGUCAGAUGUGUAAUUCUUCAAUUAAAAUCAAACAUUAAAUAAAACGGUUGAUUAAAUUACAUUAGCUUCGUUCGUCUCGUAUAUUUAUUUAAUUGUUCUGCUUAAUUUACUGCUUAGCUUAGCUUGUCUCUUUUGCUCUUUAUGAUUGCACUUCAAUGAUACAACAGUGUGCAUGAUUCACUGGUUAUUGAGAAGAAUGGACAAUGCAUCGAAUUUUUGGAUAAAAAACUUUUUUAAUUAAACAACUCCUCAUUCAUGCACACAAAAGUAACAAAAGUUACAAUUAAAACGUAGUAAAAUAUGUCGGUUAUAAUGAGACACCCACAUCAGGCGUGCAGGGAAUCGCCAACUACCCUGCCGUCACAAACAGCAAAAAUGAUGCCGUGUUCCUGUUGUCCGUAUGGCUAUCACAUUGAUUUGGAUUUUUUACGCUACUGCGAAACGCUUGCCAAUGUUGUACCGUCUGACGGUGAAUUAAAACGACGCGAUCGACGUCGACAACGAAAAUCGAUGGAAGUGAUGCUAGGUUUCGAGCAAAUAAUUCAAUUGCAGCAAAUUACACCUGUAAUCGAAGAGACCACUCCUGAUUUCGAAACAUCAUCGCCGAAUUGGAGUCAAUUGUCGAAUGGCUAUAAAGAAACCCAAAAUAACACACGAGCAAGGUCGGAAUUCGUUCGAGAUGCAUUGGAAGAUGUUUGUGAUGACUUUGAGCGCACAUUGGAGCGAACAAAGUCAAAACGAAGGGGUCAACGAAGUUAUAGCGACAAUUACGAUUUUGGUGAUCGAUUUGAUGAGAUUGAUAUGACGAUGUACGAUAAUGUUGACGCCUGUAUUACAUCCAACAAACAUUACAACCAUAAUGGUGCUUAUGAGAAACACACAAAGCCAGUGUCGCCAGUAUAUCAAAAACCUAAUAGAGAUUUCAAAACGCUGGUCGAGCUAUCACCAACCCAUUCUAUACCGUCAAAUAGAGAAACGGAUCGUGAAAGCAUAGCGAGUAAUGGAUCUGAAGUCAGCACCGGUGCUCUACAAAAUAUUCGCGAACAAAUGGCAUUGAGUUUGAAGAGAAUGCGAGAUCUCGAAGAACAGGUGAAAAUUGUGCCAGUUCUACAGCAACAACUUCUUACAAUUAAAAAGGAAAAAGAGCAACUGGAACAGAGGGUUAAAGAAGAAGAGAUACGUCGAGCCAACACCGUUUCGCCACCUAAAAACACUACAACGCCACUAACGAAACCAUUCCAUUCACAACGUCACAGUCCCAUUUCAUUAGACAGUCUUAACGUUAAGCUUCAACCACCAUAUGCAACAACAUCUCAACCAACAACAGGCAAAUCAUCCCCACCUCAAACCACUGAAUCGUCUCCUGUGCCACCCAUUCAAAAACGCGAUGCGUCACAAAUGACAACGAUGUCUUUAACUAGAGAAGUUGGAAUCACCACCAAUCAAAUAAAGACUCGGACAACUGCUGUUAACACCGACCAAAAAAGUUACACAAAACAGGAACUACAAGCGGCCAUCGACCUAACAAUCGAACGGCAACAACUCGAACAAUUCCAUGCUCAACAAAAGAAAUUAAUUUCUGUCGGAACUCAAAUGCAACCUGUAGCCAUUCCGCAAAAACAAUUAGCUUCCGUCGGCCAACAGACCCAAAACGAAUCUCAAACCAUUUCCACUCAAACUCGCACAAAUCAAAAAUCAGUCGAAAUUGCUUGCCAUCCACAGACCCGCUCGAUUGGUAUAUCUGAUCACAGUACGGUGGAGGAGUUGUGUCCCACAUGUUCGAUCGAAAAACGAACAAUUGGGUGUGGUCCUGAUGAGGAACCGUCAAUGAUUUCUUUGAAAUUGAUGGACAUGGCUCCACCAAAACGAAGUUUAACAUUCAGUCUUGGCGAUGGUGAAAAAUUGAAUAUUUCACGUAAGUCAGUCGGCACCCAAUAUUCGUGUAUUGGCCCAACGAAAAUCGAUUCUUCUACACAACAUUUUGCACCACUAAUGCGAGACAAACAUUGUCAACAAUCUGGUCCAACUACAUGUAACCAAAUGAACGAUACUAACGGUUUGAUCCAAAUUAAAAGUCAAAGUUGUGCCACUGAUCCAAUUCACCAAAUUAAAAAGUUUAAUGCCGAAUCCAACACCGAACCGCAGAAACUGGAUAAUGUUUCUACGAAUACCGAUCCACCACCGAUGCGCCUAGAUCACAGCACGAAUACAAUAAAAACUCCAUCGAAAGAUGCAGCAUGUGGAGGAACAGUGAAGCCACACAUUUCAAUUUCCUGUGCCGAUAACUAUUGUGAUACGUGCAAGGAUUCAAUAAUGAAUUUGGCUAAAGGUUUCGUUAAACAUACAAAUGGUGUUAGUGUUCCAUCUGCCGUUCUACCGACCACGGAAGCAUCUCGAAUACCACGACCGAUGGCUUUGAUGAGUCCACGAACGGAACGAAAGUUUGUUAGACAAAAUACCUACACAGUGCCGAGCACCGAAGGGUCACCAAUCGAACAGCAAAUGUGUCCAGCUGAAAUGUUUUUGCGACUUUCUGCAUUGGAUUCAUCCUCCACAAACAAAUCAAAAUCAGAGCAACUACACAAUGAACAGGCAGUGAAAAACGAUGAGACCAAUCUGCCAACAACAUUAACAGAACUGCCUGGAUUAAGCCAGGCUCAACUGAAUCGUGUCUCAGUUGAAGGGCAAACUAAUUCUGAGAAUGUAGUGGCUUUAUCGGAGAACUCUACAUUGACUGCAUCUGAAUUUUUGGAGUUAGGUUGUAAUGAUGAAGGGUUGAUUGUGGUUCAGACUGAUGUCACGACGAAAGAAGAAAAUACGACAGAAGUCGCACGUACCAAAGCUGUCCCGAACAAAGAAGUGCUGGCUGCUCUAAAAGUAAUUAACGAUUCACUCCAGAAAACGAAUAACUACGAAACGAAUCUGAAAAAUGCCAAUCGAAUCGUUCAGCGCGAAUGGUUUCGGUUGUCCAGUACUGACACUGCUAACCCAUUGGAUGUAGAAGACUAUCUGGACUGUUUCGAAGAAUUUUCCACCAAUUUACUGAAGUACAUGGUUAAUUUAGCCGAUACGAAUGGAAACACGGCCAUGCACUAUUCCGUUUCACAUGCCAACUUCGACAUUGUAUCCAUAUUGUUGGAUUCUAAGGUUUGCAAUGUAAACCAAACGAAUAACGCUGGAUACACGUGCGUGAUGUUGGUGUCGCUUGCCAAAUUGAAACUUUCAGCACAUCAUACGGUCGUUAAACGAUUGUUUCAGAUGUCUGAUGUGAAUAUCAGAGCGAAAAAGCAUAACCAGACCGCUCUAAUGUUAGCCGUUUCGCACGGCAACCUUGACAUGGUUCAAAUGUUACUGGAUGCCGGUGCCGACAUUAACAUACAAGAUGAAGAUGGUAGUACAGCUUUAAUGUGUGCAGCCGAACACGGUCGCAUAGACAUCGUCAAACUUUUACUUGCUCAAUCAGAAUGUGAUAGUUGUAUAACAGAUAUUGACGGCAGUACUGCCUUGAAAAUCUCAUUAGAUGCCGGUCACCGGGAUAUCGGCGUUUUGUUGUAUGCUCACGAGCACAUAACUCGCGGUAAAACGUCGCCAUACACAUCGUUGCGGCGAAAGAAGAAACAAUCUGCAUUAAGUCGACCGACAUCGGUUUCGACGCCAGCCUCACCGGCACCGUCAACAAAGUUUCAUCAUCACAACAAAUGAUGUGAAGGACGCGUGGAAACAUCGUUGGUGCAUAUAUGAGGAGAUGCAGAAUUGAACGUGUUGUUGUUAACAAAUUAUCAUAAUCAUAAUAGUCAAGUACUUAUCGUAAUAUUACUUGCAUGUGUCAUAAAUACAAACAAAAAUUCAUAUCAAUGUGUCGUUAUACCGUUAGAUGGAUACAAGUAGAGCAUUCCAAAAAGGUUAGAAAAAAAUUGGUUUGAAAAAUUGAAAAUUUUAAAACACAAAUUAUAAUGUUAAUUCGAGAACGAAGAUUCAUGAACGUAUAGGACAGGACGCCCAAUUUUAACAAAAAAAUAUUUACAAAAACGAAUAGCGAGUGCAUUCAAAAUUCAAAUUGUCUGUUGUGUUGAUUUAACCUGGUACGGACGGUAAAAACUGGUGGAAUAAACGCCAAACUUUGAUUAAUGCUAACAAAAAAAACAUGUUCAAAAAAAAUGAAGUAAAAGAUUUCAAAUGGAAAUACUUAGAUCAAGUGAGCUAUAGGCUCUAUAGCAAAACGGCUUGCCGUCUGUGAAAGGUUAAAGAGAAAAGUAUGUUAUUCUUCGGUAUCCACUACACAAAUCAUGUCGAUUGUGAAUUUCUAACAAAACAAAAAACUUUAACGAAUUAAUUAACGAAUCCCCAAUUCCUGGUAAAUAAAACAUGGUAGAAUAUGUAUCAAUGCGCUGCUGUCUCGUUUAAUUAGUAGUUAUUAAACCCCCCGAAAUAUUUUAACAAGAUGAUGGAAGAAUAUUUUUAUUCGAUCGAAGUAUAAUAAUUAUGGACUAACAAUUGAGUUUACAUAUUUUCUAUUUAACAUACUUGUGCCUUUUCACACCUUUAUAAUGUAUAUUUACAGUCUGUAGUGUUAAUAUAAUAUUACUCGUCUACAUUAUACACUCUUGUGACAUAAUAGAGAAUUCUUGAAGAAGAAGAAAAUAAUUGAAAAAAAAAUUGAAAAUUGAAAGUAAAUAAAUUUUAACGAAAUAAU